AACAGCAGCAAUUUGAUGAAAGGGUCGACCAAGGUGCCUAUUUUGGGAGCGAGAGUGGAAAGGGCUCCUCCUCCACUAUACAUAAUAGAGGUGCACGGGGUCCUAUGGAUCAGUACAUGACUACUGCAGGAGCAGAUAGAGGAGAAGCAGAGAUGAUGCCUGCAGCUGGUACUAGAGAGGGUCGGCGACAGGUUUGCAUGGACAUUGGGAGGUUUUUUUUUGAAAAUGCAAUACCAUUUAAUGUUGCUACAUCGCCUGCCUACUUCAGUAUGAUGCGGUCUGUAGGAUUGUAUGGAAGAGGGUUGAAAGCACCUUCUAUGUAUGAGUUGCGCACUUGGAUUUUAAAAGAGGAGUUGCAGAACACCGAGCGAACCAUUGGUGAGAUUAAAAGGACAUGGAUUGAGACAGGUGUGACUAUAAUGUCAGAUGGAUGGUCUGACAUGAAGAGUAGGAGUUUGAUAAACAUCCUUGUCAACAAUCCCUAUGGUACAGUGUUCUUAAGAUCUGUUGAAGCUUCUGAUGAGGUGAAGAAUGCUACAUUCAUUUUCAAUUUACUUGAUGGAGUUAUUGAGGAGAUUGGAGAGCAGUUGGUUGUCCAGGUAGUGACUGAUAAUGCCAGUGCAUACAAAGCAGCUGGUCAGAUGUUGAUGGAGAAGAGGACACACCUCUAUUGGACACCUUGCGCAGCACAUUGUAUUGAUCUCAUAUUGGAGGAUCUUGGUGACUUACCUCAGCACAAGAGUGCUCUUGUUAGGGCGAAGAAGAUUACAAAAUUCAUCUACAAUCACUCUUGGGUCUUAAGCUUAAUGAGAAAAUUUUCAAAGAAAGAAAUCAUUCGACCUGCAACCACUAGGUUUGCCACCUCCUAUUUGACACUGCAGAGCUUGAUGGAGGUGAGGCAACCUUUGGAAGCCAUGUUUACAUCAACUGAAUGGCUAAACUCUGCUUGGGGGAAGAAGAGUGAGGGAAAGGAGAUAAGAAAGAUAAUUCUGAAUGAUAAAUUUUGGGCUACUGUGACCUAUGCCAUUUUGAGCACGAGACCCUUAGUGCAAGUUCUACGCUUAGUGGAUGCAGAGAAGAAACCAGCUAUGGGUUUUAUUUAUAAUGCUAUGGAUGAGGCCAAGGAGUUGAUUGCACAUAACUUGGGAGGAGAGGAGGCAAGUUAUAGGGAGAUUUGGGAUAUCGUUGAUGCUCGGUGGGAGGUGCAGUUACACCGACAUCUACAUGCAGCUGCAUAUUAUCUUAACCCUCAAUUUCAAUAUUCAGAGAAAAAAUCUUCAAAUCCGGAAGUUAAGCUUGGUCUAUAUCACUGUAUGGAAAGAUUAAUACCGGAGCAGGCAGAUAGGGAGCUUGCAGAUUUACAGCUUGUUCUGUUCCGGAAUAAAGAGGGUUUUUUUGGUUUGAAUGCAGCAAAAACUACCAUUUCUAAACGGUCUCCAGUUGAAUGGUGGAUCCAAUUUGGUGAUUCCACCCCUGAGCUACAGAGUUUUGCUGUGAGAGUGUUGGGCCUCACUUGUUCUUCUUCUGGGUGUGAGCGAAAUUGGAGUACAUAUAGUCAAGUGCAAACAAAGAGAAGAAAUCGACUAUCUACACUCAGAAUGAACUCCCUCGUAUACAUAAUGCACAACAAGAGGUUAAGAGAUAGGAGGUUGAGGAAUAAGGGGUUGAAAGAUGAUGAAGACCCGUUGGUGUGUGAUGAUCUGUCGUCUGAUAAUGAGUGGUUCAUAGAUGAUGAGGCAGAUUUAUCAUUAUCAGACUUACAGGUAGAAGAUCUAAAUGUGGAUGUAUUGAGGGGCGAAGCAGAUCAAACGGGUACAUCCACUAGUACUACACCACACACAUCUACUAGCUCUGCAAGUAAAGGGAAGAGAAAAGUGAGUCAUGUUGAAGAUGAAGAUGACAUGGCAUUCAUAGAUACAAUUGGAGAAGAAGAUUCACUUGAAGACUGAUAUUUUGUGAUGGGAUAUGA